AUGGUCGCGGGUGCGGUGAGCUUGGGUGACGGAGUCGGCUUGAGCGGCAGAGGCAGCGGCAGAGUCAGCGGCGUGGUCGGUCACUGGAGUAGCUCGUCUAAGGUGGGGGCAUCAGUGCUGUCGUGCUUGGUGUUUGGUUCCACCACUUCGUCGAGGCUGCAAAAGACUUCUCCAUUGCGGUUAAAGGAUGAGGCAUUUGUUGAUAGCAUGGACAAGGACAAUGUUGAAGGGGAGGGAGUUGGUGGUGCAGGGCUCAACCAUAUAUGCAUUUACACGCUUCAAGUAUCACAAACAACAGAAAAUGCACGACGAACUCUUCCAAGUGGUCGCAGCCGGAAGUACUUUCGGCAAAUCGUAUCCGCCGUGAGACACUAUCACUGGCAUGACAUGUACCAUUGCGAUUUAAAGCUCGACAACAUUCUCCUCGACAAAGACAUGAACCUCAAGGUCUCCGACUUUGGAUUAGGCGCAUUGAGGAGCUAG